CUGUGUCGUCACCAGCUGGAGUAAGAGCUGGGGGCGAUCUUUGCGGGAGCUCAGUCUUGCUAGUGCUGCUUGCCGGGCAGGAGCCCUCAGCGUGGCCGGCCCAGGCACGAAGCCCAGUGGCCUGUUGGUGGGGGGAGAUCCAGGCUGGUAACCCCCAGCAGAAGUGAUGGGGUGUGUAGUGGGGGUGGCAUGGACCCAGUGAAGCUCUCCUUCCCCAUCGCCCAGAGGAACUUGGUCUGCACAGCGCCGAGCACGACUCCGGCUGGACACGUUGCACCCGGCCUCAUUGCUCUCUUAGCCGGCUGUGAUGGAUCCCCCCGGAUGCCUAGGACAGCCCCGGGCUCAGCGCCGACCGACACCAGGCCCCCUGCUCCGCUCUGAGGAUGCCCGUGGGCCGGGAGCUGCCUUCCAGCAAGCUGCACCCUGAAUGCCAGCCCCAGCCGGCGCCCUCGCCCAUGGACCCGGUUGGCGCUGCUUAACACCCUGACCCAUAUCCCCCGCCUGGACCGCCCCAGCGCUCUCUCUGGCAAAGCCUUUGCAGAUGCAAGCUGCCUGGCCGGGGCGUCGUGCCUGGGAGAAGAGCAUGGGGAACAUGGCUCGGGUCGCCGGGGCAUCCCCAGCUGUGGGGAACGCGGUGGUGUGGUGCCUGGCCGUGCUCCAGUCAGCGCUGUCCCUGCAGGCCCAGACCCAUAGCCACGCCGAGGAGCGCCUCUUCAAGUACCUCUUCAGUGGCUACAACCGCUGGUCGCGGCCCGUCCCCAACAUCUCCGACGUGGUCAUCGUGCGCUUCGGGCUGUCCAUCGCCCAGCUGAUCGACGUGGACGAGAAGAACCAGAUGAUGACCACGAACGUGUGGCUGAAACAGGAGUGGAGCGACUACAAGCUGCGCUGGAACCCGGCCGACUUCGACAACGUCACCUCCAUCCGCGUGCCCUCGGAGAUGAUCUGGAUCCCGGACAUCGUGCUGUACAACAACGCCGACGGGGAGUUUGCAGUGACCCACAUGACCAAAGCCCACCUGUUCUCCAGCGGGCGGGUGAAGUGGGUGCCGCCGGCCAUCUACAAGAGUUCGUGCAGCAUCGACGUGACCUUCUUCCCCUUCGACCAGCAGAACUGCAAGAUGAAGUUCGGCUCGUGGACCUACGACAAGGCCAAGAUCGACCUGGAGAGCAUGGAGCGCCAGGUGGACCUGAAGGAUUACUGGGAGAGCGGGGAGUGGGCCAUCGUCAACGCCGUGGGCACCUACAACACCAAGAAGUACGACUGCUGCGCCGAGAUCUACCCCGACAUCACCUACUGCUUCGUCAUCCGCCGCCUGCCCCUCUUCUACACCAUCAACCUCAUCAUCCCCUGCCUCCUCAUCUCCUGCCUCACCGUCCUGGUCUUCUACCUGCCCUCCGACUGCGGGGAGAAGAUCACGCUCUGCAUCUCCGUGCUCCUCUCCCUCACCGUCUUCCUGUUGCUCAUCACCGAGAUCAUCCCCUCCACCUCCCUGGUCAUCCCCCUCAUCGGCGAGUACCUCCUCUUCACCAUGAUCUUCGUCACCCUCUCCAUCGUCAUCACCGUCUUCGUCCUCAAUGUCCACCACCGCUCGCCCAGCACCCACAAGAUGCCCAGGUGGGUGCGUGGCGUCUUCCUGGACUUCAUCCCCCGUUGGCUCUUUAUGAAGCGCCCGCCCGGCGCAGGGAUGCUGCUGGGACAGUAUGGCCCGCCCGGCGCCCACCUCAGCACCUCCCGGUGCUGGCUGGAGACAGACGUGGACGACCAGUGGGACGAGGAGGAGGAGGAGGAAGAAGAGGAGAGUAUGCGUCCCUGCAGCUCCCGCGGCCACAGCCUCCAGCACCGCUACAGCUGCGGUCGCCACCUGGGCAGGGUGCCGGGGAGCCAGGCCCAGCGGCCGCCCACCAAGGGGGACAGCCUGGGGCCCGAUCCCGGCUUGCUGCUGUCUCCUAGCCUGCUGCGAGCCUUGGAGGGGGUGCACUAUAUCGCCGACCAUCUGCGGGCCGAGGAUGCUGACUUCUCGGUGAAGGAGGACUGGAAAUACGUCGCCAUGGUCAUAGACCGGAUCUUCCUCUGGAUGUUCAUCAUCGUCUGCCUGCUGGGGACCAUCGGCCUCUUCCUCCCCCCGUUCCUGGCCGGGAUGAUUUAGGUGGCGCUGCUCACACCUUGCACAGCCUGGCCUGAUGCCGGGAUCUGCAGAGCCAGGUGGGAUGAGCACGGCCCCUCGAGGACCCAGGUGGGUACACUCCUCCCGGCGGGGCAUCAGGCCGUGGGCGAUGGCAAGAGGCACCUGGCUUGUGCCAAGGAAAGCCCGUGGACUUUUUCCUCUGCUGGACACAGCAGUGGCUGGACCAAGGGAACAGAGGGCACUUUGGGCUUGAAAUGCACUCAAGCUAGGCGGACACAGGGUGCCUUGCUCAGGCUGGUUUGCAGACCGAGUUCCUCUGAGUUUCUUGGCCAACUCCAACCCCUUCCCCAUCCACCGUGCCCCCAGACAUAGCUGCAAGAGGCACCGUGUGCUCCAGCCCUGCCUCUGCCCCUCUGAGAUGCUGUUGGACGCCGGGCCUGGAGCUUGAGAGACCUCCGGGUCUACCCCAGCGGGGCGGCCAACACGGAGCCUCUGUGGAUGGAUCCAUGCCCAGGUUGGCCUAGCCCAGGUGUGAGAAGCCAGGCUGCAAAGCCCCUCUCUUCCCCACACUUGCGGGCAUGGGUGGCUAGGCUUCUGGGGGCAAGGAGGGUGGGACCUCACCUGCUCCAGCCCCCUGUGAUUGCAUUGCACGAGUCCUCUUACACGGCCAUCAAGGCCGAUCUUCGAGGCAAGGCUUGGGAGGACUCUUUCCAGGCCAGCGCAUCAGCAUGAAUCAUCCUCGCACAAGAGGGCUGGGAGGCCAGCCCCAGGCUCCGGCACAGACCUCCAGCUGGAGGAGGAAACCUGGGAUGUGACCUCAGAGAAGUGGGGCAUGUAUGGAUGGGGAGAGUAGUGGCUAAGGGAGACCCCCCGCCCCCCAUGCUAACACUGCAGGUGAGCCCACCUUGGACACACACCCAUCCACUAUAGCUAUCCUGCCCCUUCCUCGUCCUCCCCAAAAGCUCUUGAUGGGACCCAACCUGUAGAAAAAUCCCCCUUUCUGAAGGCAGCAUAUGUUCUUCCAAGCAACCACGGGUUCCUCUGAGCAGUUUAGGUGCAACUUUUUGCAAAAGGCUGGGGGUUUCCUCCAAAUAGGGUGUCCCCCCGCACCCCCAGAUCCCAUCUUCUGGCUUUUCCUGCCUUUGAUUUUCCAGGGAGAAGGCAUGCACGCACGCGCGUGUGUGUAUGUGUGCAUAGGGAAGGAGAGAAUCUGAAUGAAAUCCUCUAUUCACACGGAGACCAAACCAGUUUCCCCCCCACAAGGUUGACUCUUUCCCAAGCAGGACAACCCAUUUGAAGUUCAUUUCAGUGAUAGGGGAAGAAAAAACCCCACUUGCUGUUUUUCAGUUCCCCCCCUCCUACAAAUGGGUAACUUGCACAGCUCCCCUGGGAGCCCAUCUUGCCAUUUUCCAGAGGGAGGGAAACUGAGGCACGAAGGAUGCUUGACCCUCUGGGGCUGUGCUGGGUCUCCGGGACAGGGCGCUGGUCACAGGGGAGGGCUCUAAGCAGCUCCAAGGACCCAGGAGUCCUCACUGCCAGGUCUCCCAGUCUCACCAGCAGGCUACCGCUGAGGGGGGCCUGGUCUGUGCACAAACUCCCCCUUGAUCGUGGCGGAGAUGCACAUGAGCAACACUGAGACCAAUGUGCAAAGUAACCUGUUCACAACAGUCCCCUUUGGUCUUGCACAACACCCUCUCUCCCAUCACAGUGGACCCCGUGCACUUCAUGGGGUCUGACACUGGACCCAGCCUGCCACCAUCUCCUGCCGGCUAGCAGGACCAUCCCCGUGCCAACCCUGCCAGCUACGGAGCUGGCAUCUCCCAGCAGUCCCUAGCUGAUGAAGGCAGUGCAUCAUGGUACUGCAUUUAUCAGCUCCUUAAACCCUGGCUGCCUGUGCGUGGUGGGUCCAUCACCCCCCUGCUCUGAUUGCUGGAAGCCUCCUCUUUUUUUCCAGCCUCCGCGUAUUCAGAUCAAAAGGACGAUGGUUUGGACAGGUCUGACCCUGCCCCAGACAGGGGUUGGACUAGAUGUGACCUCCGCAGCUCCCUGCUUGCCCCACAGCUCUACAGGUCCUCAUUUACAGCUUCCCAAAAAACCCCCGACCUUCCCCCCAUGCUUCUGCCAUGUCCUGCGGGCCUGGGGUCCAGCCAGGGAGAGGUCAUGACUGCACACGGGGGAGAAGACCUGGGCUGUACACACUAGCACAAAAAUGAGCUGGAAUAAACUUUUUCAACCCAGUA